AUGAAGAUGGCAGACAAAGGGCCAGGGAUGGUCACUCUUAGAUUCACAAGCAUCAUAGUUUGUGCUGUUUUACUGGGACAAGGAUCCCCGCAGAACACAGGAGGUGGUAAAGAGGACAGCAGAAAUGCCAUUCUAAAGGAGAUCAUUUCAAAAUGGAGUACAGGAAGUGGUUGGAGUCCUCAGAAAGCUCCUCCAGAAACAAGCAAGGACCAGCCUGUGCACCUGUGGGCGAGGAAUAUCAUGGGGAGCCUAAAAACACUUUUUCCAAACAAGAACCUGCCUUCUUUAAACAAGCCAAUUGACAGGCACCGUUUGUCGGGCUUCCUCUACAACAUCUCUCUGUACCUCCAAGAGAUGGGUGCCGAGCUGGAGGAGGCACCAGCCGAGCCAGAUGAAGAUCAUCUUUGGGAGAAGGUGCUGCAUUUCUUUCUCCAGUCUGAAGGGAAUGCUGCGCUGAACCAGUGGAACGGCCGGGUGCCACCACGACCCAGCGUCAGAGUGCAGGACUGGUUCUUGUCCCUAAGGGGUAGUCCUCACUGGGACUGGCUUCUGGGGCUGCUGCAGAGCCUGCUCAGUCUAUCAGAGCGUCAGCCCAACAGGCCCCUCUUGACUUACUUGUCUCAGAACUGGAGGACAGUGAGCGCUGUGCUGGAAGCUUCCCUUCAGGCUCUGAUCAGUGGGACUUAUGGCCAGGCUAGCGCAGGCCUGCAGGGCUUUAUCUGUGCUCUGAAGGGUCGUAGUGACUGUGCCUUCAGUGUUAGCUGGCUUCAGCAGCUGCUGCGUUUCCUGGAAACCCGCAACUGGAAGCCUGUGGUCAGUUUACACCCAGCAGGGGAAGGUGCUGAACACAGUAAAGGCUCAAGUGCCUUUGGACGCUUGAAGCCCUUCAGCUUGCCUCCUGAGGCCUUGAGGCAGGAUGGGUUUUCUGUAAAUGGAUCUAUGGAUGAAAUGCUGGCGACAGAGGAUGAUCCAGACUCUGUGCAAAGUUUACUCCUACAGGUGUUAUCACGCUCAGGUGGAGGAGAGCGAGGUGGCCAUCUGGCACAGAAAAAUCUGGCUCUGGUGCAGAGUUUAGACGGGCUGAGGAGAGGCCUCCUGCACAGGGUGGGUAGUUCUGUCUACGAUAACCUGAGGAAAAAGGUGUCACGAGUAACCAUGGUGCUGCUUGAUGAUGUCAGCACUCUGGUGGACGUGCCACAGCCCAACCCUCAGGGCCGGUGCUCUGUUGGCGACCUGAGACAACUGAUCUUAUGGGGGAUAAGACAUAACGUGACGUGGAACACUCAGGCUUUGGGUGUGAUGUCCCAGGGUCUCCCGAGCUCGCUCCCAUUCUUGUCCUGCCCCUCCACUGAAGGAGAUGAAGUGAGAUCAAAAACAGCAUCUUCUUCAGGAACUUCAAAACAAAACCGCCUUCAUGAACACUCCACCGCAGCUCGUCGCUCGCAGUUCAAUCAGCCACAAACAGGGAAAACAAGAGAGAGCAUCGACCUGCAGAGAGAGAUGGAGUUCUCCACCUCAAUAGAAAUACUAGAGGCAGCAUGUAACGAGUCGAUCCCAGGCUUGACAGGCGUCUCCAACUUCACUGUGUUCCUCUACUGCAAACUGUUUGAAGGGGAGAACGGCUCAGUUGAUCCUGCAGUGGCUGAGAUGGGGCUCGACCUGCACGCCACAUGCUCAGAUGCGGCUUGGUACCUGUCUGCUGCUGAGGAGGACUUCCUUUGGGUUCACGUCUGCAGUGAGUUCUUUGCCCAUGAAUUCAACAACACGGUGUGUGCCAACUCUUCUUUCUGGCUGCAGAGAGCACAUCAGGCUGCCUUGACAAAGGACUAUCAUUUUUUUAACCAGACAAGCAUAGACGAACUGUGCGUGCAGCUGUCAGGUGAGCCGAUAGGAAGUCCAAGACUCGAUGAGACCUGUCUGGCCCAGUUGGGCAGCAGGUCUCUCAGUGCCCAGACUUUCAGACAUUGCUUUCUGCCCAACAACUCCGUCCUGAUUUCAGCUUUAUGUGGGAGAGAGUCCCCAGACUCACACCAGUCCUUGCCAGAGGGCAGCUGGGCUGCAGCUUACUGCUCCAAAAUACAAAACCUCUCCCAUGUUGACAUGAUUGAGGAGACUUGCCAGUACAAGGACUGGGCUGUGCAUCAUUUCACAAACUCCACUCUUUUGGAGCUCUGUGGGCAUACACAUGGAUUGAGAGAGUACAUCUGUCUCAAUGCCACACUCUACCAUCAACUCCUGAGAUCAAUGCCUCAGUUUGCUGAUUUCUGUGCUGAUCUGCAGGCAGAGCUGGAGGGCAGGAAGUGUCUGCUGCAGAGGUUUUUUGACAUGCUCCCCGCGCCGUAUGAGUUUGACACCUCACAGCUGUGUGUGGACCCGGCUCCGCUGCUGGUGGAAGUCAUACACAAGCUGAGUGUGUGUGAGGUGGAGGGAGGGGAGCGUGAAGGGUUUUUAGUGGUGCUGGGAUAUGUGUUGCGUGUCCUGGACUUCAUGGUGGGCCUCUCUUCGGGACUGGAUGAAGGGGAAAGAGAGGCGAGGCAAGGUUUGGGCCAGGCAAUCCUGGUUUCCACUCUCCUUGACAACACCUCCUGGGCCACACUGCAGCCAGAGGCCUCCAUGAGCGUCCUUCACACUGUGGGAGUCUUCCUCCGCAGAGAGCAGAACGCCACCCUCAAAGAGGACCUGCUGAGUUGCUUCAGUCCCGUCUUGUGGGACCUCAUCCAGCGGGACGACAACUCAUCCGCUCUCAGGGUUCUGCUGCAGGAGUACCUUCAGAUGCCAAGAGACAGCAUUCGCACGCUCGUGAUGUCUGCGGAAAAAGAUGCUGUGAAGAGAUUCCUCUCACACAUGCAUCAGAGCUGGGACCAGCUACAUGUUGAAACCGACCAGGCCUCUCAAAAAGAGCUGCAGGCCAUGGAAACAAUGACUGCUGCUUUCAUCCAUAAGUUCCCCCGAGUGACCCCAGAACUGUUUGUCGACCUGUCUCAGUUCAUUCCCUUCAUGUCGGUCUCUGACAUCAUGAGCUUCCCAGCCUCCCUGAUAGUCAACGACAGCGUGUUGACAGCCAUUCGUGAUCACAGCUCAGGGAUGAAGUCACUGCAGAAAAAGGCUUUUGUAAAACGACUCCUGCAGUCAAGUGUGCUGGGUGAUGUCCCUACGUGGCCACCAUACUUUCUCAGUUCCAUCCUCCCGCUUCUACCUUACCUGCCAGUCAGUCAUUUUCAGCAGCUAACAUCACAGCAACUCACUCCCCUGAUAGAGUUUCUAGGCAACAGCAGUCUGGAUGGUGUCCGGGGGCGUCAUGUGCUCCGGACCCUCUUCAACAAGAAGAAGAACCUGACCAGUGAUAACAUUCUGAGGUUAGGGAUCCUUACAUGUUACCUGGAUCCAGUGGACCUGGUUUCAUUUCUUCAGGACUCAGCGGUGUCUUUAGCUCUCUGGCAGCAGCUGGCUCAGUGCAUGUCCAAGGGCUUCAUCAGUGACAGCGGCAGGUUGUCCUCUUGGUUGAUACCAGCCGUUCAGACGCUGAAUGUCAGCAGCAUGGCUCCUUCAGACCUUUCUCCCCUCACUGGUCUGUUACCUCAGUUAGGAGCUUCCUUCCUGCUGUCACUCCCCUCACAACAACUCCUGGAAAUUCUCUCACAACCAGGAUUACACAGAUAUUCUCCAGCACAGGCUUUUCAAAUGUUCUCCAAGAUAUCAAAGGACACCCCUCUCACCAUGGAAAAACUGUGCAGACUGAAGCCAUUACACUCUGGUCUCUCCCCCGCUGUGCUCAGAGACCUCCAGUGGCCUGAGAUCAGUGAAGCUGCCCACUGCCAGUGCUGGAGGACGCUGCUAACUGAGCUAAAGCCCGGCCAAAGAGCCAUGUUAUACAAUGCAAUGCAGGAGGCUCUACACAGAGACUCCCAGAACAGCACUCAGCAGGUAAACUGUCUGCUGCCAUUUGUCCCUCUGAGGGAGCUGACAGAAACCUUAAAUGGAGAAGCGAUCGUACGAGACAUCAGCCUGUACAGAGACGUACUCUGGUCGUCACAGCAGGCUCAGCUUCUGUUCAAAAAGAUCCAGGAAUAUAAAUACAUCACAAACAAGAUGGCAAGGGAUCUGGGUCAUAUUGCAGGUGGAAUGAGCUGUGAAUUUCUGAGCCUUUGGAGCAACGAUACUGAUUUUGCGGAGUUGAUUCAGUUUGUUAGUGAGCUGCCUGGUGGCGUGAGACCUGCUCUGCGAAAAUGUAUCGUGGAUGAAUUGAGGAAACAACCAGAUCCUGACCUCAGUGCCUUGAGCUCCGGCUUUGCCGCAACAUUACCUGUGACGAUGGUAGAGAACCUCUCAAAUGUUUCCUUCAGAGCCGUGCUGGGCCACAUUCAGGCAGACUUUGCUGAUUUCCUCAGGCUGCCACAUUACAAGCAGACGAAUUUAGCAGAGAAAGCCGUUGCUGAGCUGGGCUCUUCUCUGGCUGAGGGGGAGCUUGAUGGUACCACUCUGGAUGUCCUGGGGCCUUUACUGCCUUUCUUGGACCGGGACAGUUUGGCUCUGGUGAACAAAGGAGCUCUGGCUCUGCGGCUGGAGGAGAUGAGGGGUUUCUGCAUUCCUAAAGAGGCUCUGAGAGACAUUAGUGCACUUCUCACUCAGAGAGACUUACUUGGGGAGCCGUCCAAAUGGCAAGUUGGGGAUGUGGAACAUUUGGGCAGGCUGGUGUUUUCUCUCUCAACAAAACAGAUUAACUCCAUCCCACUGACAGUGUUGAAUAAAGACACAGUGGAGCAGGUCCUGGUGGGUCAAACUCACUGGGAGGACAGUGUGAUGGGUGGGGUCUGUGUUACUCGGUGUAUGGACCAGCAUCGCCACAGACAGCAGACUCAGAGUCUCAUUCGAGGGAUUGUCAAAGCGCGGAGCAGGAGGGCAAAAGUGCCAGUUCCAAGCUGUGCCGAUAUCAGAGGGACAUUUCCCUCAGCUUGGACGUCCACUCAGCUCAGCCGAAUGACACAAGAAGAUAUGAAACAGUGUGUAGAAGUUUUUGCUCAAGACGCCUCAAUGAGCCCUGAGCAGCGCCGAGCAGUGUGGGUAAAACUCAGGCAGUCCUUCAGUCCGAUGAGAGAGCUGAGAGCAGAUCAGGUGCUGGCUCUGGGCUCAGUAGUGACUGAGAUGGGAGAAAGAGAGCUUUACGAUGCCAAUCUCACUGAUCUGGGUUUAUUGACACAUCUGGGGACGCUGACAGAGUGGAGCCCUAGGAAGAUGAGAGCAGUGAUUUCAGGUGUGAUGCGAAAACGCAAACUGAAAGUGGAGCAGCUAUCAGCUGUUGAUCUAGCAACAUUUGGCCAUCUGAUCUGUGGUCUGUAUCCCUCAGAGAUCAAAAGACUGAGCCCCUACAACCUCAGUAUGGCUGUGUCGUUCCUGCGGGAGACAUCCCUGCCUUGCACAGAACAGCAGAUGGAGGCGUUGACAAGCCGUUUGUCCAGACCUGAGGCCUUUGGUCCAGUCAGUGCUUGGGGACCAGACGUUUUCACAGAAAUUGGGACAUUGGCAGUGGGCAUGGAAGAUAUGGUGCUGUCAGCUCUGGUACAAGAACAAAUGGAAGGAAUCACCCCUGAGGCCAUCGUCCUGAUGACACCAAAAAAGAUGGCAGUGGUGUUUAGUGCGGUUCAGUUGUCGUGGCUGAGUGCGGAGCAGGCGUGGGCUGUCACCACAGAGCAGUGGGCAGAGCUGGACACUGAGCAGAGACAUGCUGUAGGACUUGCUCGAUAUGAAGGCGAUGUCCUGCUUGAGCAGAGAGGGAGAAACUCGUCUCCAGCGGACCUGAACACAGGCAGCUUCAACAUGCGCUCACUGGCUCUGUGUCUCGUGUUAUGGCUUAUAAUUUAAAUGCUGGAUAAAACUUAUCCAUCCAAAUGAUUUGGAUAUCUAUCCAAAUUAUCCAUUGACCUCCCUUGGUAUCAUCAUAUUUUUACUUCAAAUAAAUAUUUUGAAAUGUU